AUGAUAAACCAAAGUUCCAGGUUCUCUCUGACCGAGUGUGAGUCUGUGGACUUCCCGGGACAGCCCUACUCUGCCUCGGUGCUCUCUGUGGGCUACUGCCUCCCGCAGGCGGACGGUACAGUGCGGGCAGACGGCUCCAUCACGCUGCUUUCCGGUCCCCGUACGGUCCUGGUGGACACCGGGGGGCCCUGGUCCCGGGAUGCGCUGCUGGGGAGGCUGCAGGAGAGAGGCCUGGUCCCGGGGGACGUGAGCGUGGUGGUGGGCACUCACGGACACUCGGACCAUGUGGGGAACCUGGGGCUAUUCCCCGGCGCGAGGAUCAUCGUGGGCUAUGACGUCAGCACGGGUGACUUAUACGAGCAGACCGGGCUCGCGAGGGGGGAGGAGUACCGGCUGGAUGAGCACGUCUCUGUGAUGCCCUCUCCUGGUCACAGUGGACAGGACGUGAGUGUGCGAGUGCAAGGCCUGGACGGGGGGACUCUGCUGGUGGCGGGGGACCUGUUUGAGAACCGUUCAGACGAGUCCAGUUGGAGAGAACUGAGCCUGAACCCUGAACUGCAGCAGCUGCACCGACAGAGGGCGCUGGAGAGCUCUGACAUCAUCAUCCCGGGACACGGACGGCCCUUUAGAGUGACCAGGGGGGACCAGGAAGACUGA